AUGACUUUGUUAAUAAAGAGUAGUUUUAAAAUAUUAUCUCAGAUUUCCUUAAUAAAUCCAGUUAGGACAAUUCAAAUUGGUUCUGCAAAGUUUCUAGAAUCUGUUAUUGAACCAGAAUAUAAAACAAAAUGUACACUAAUUCCAGGCGAUGGUGUAGGACCUGAAUUAGUUUUAUGUAUACAAAAUGUAUUUAAAGCUGCAAAUGUUCCAGUUGAAUUUGAACCAUAUUUUCUCUCCGAAGUAAAUCCUACGCUUAGUGCACCAUUAGAAAAAGUAUCUAGCAGUAUUACUAAAAAUGGAGUGUGCUUAAAAGGAAUCUUGGCUAGUCCUGAUCAUUCUCAUAGUGGAGAACUACAAACCUUGAAUAUGAAAUUACGUAAAGAACUUGAUCUUUAUUCUAAUGUAGUCCAUGUUAAAUCAUUACCAGGAAUAAAGUCAAGACACCAAAAUGUAGACUGCGUAAUUAUUCGAGAACAGACAGAAGGUGAAUAUUCUGCUUUAGAGCAUGAAUCUGUUCCUGGAGUUGUAGAAUGCUUAAAAAUUGUUACUGCCACUAAAAGUCAGAGAAUUGCAAAAUUUGCUUUUGAUUACGCAGUCAAAAAUGGGCGUAAAAAAGUCACAUGCGUUCAUAAAGCUAAUAUAAUGAAACUUGGUGAUGGUUUGUUUUUAAAAUCAUGUCAAGAAAUCGCUAAGCUUUAUCCUAGAAUUCAAUUUGAAACUAUGAUCGUUGAUAAUUGUACAAUGCAAAUGGUUUCUAAUCCACAUCAAUUUGAUGUAAUGGUUACACCAAAUUUAUAUGGUAAUAUAGUUGACAAUUUAGCAUCAGGAUUAGUUGGUGGUGCUGGUGUUGUUGCUGGAGCUAGUUAUAGUGCUGAGUGUGUCGUAUUUGAACCGGGUGCAAGACACACUUAUUCUGAGGCUGUAGGCAAGAAUGUUGCCAAUCCUACUGCCAUGAUAUUAUGUUCUGUUAAACUUUUGAGCCAUCUUAAUUUGAGACCUUAUGCAGAACAAAUAAAAGAUGCAUUAAAUCGCGUUCUUAAUGAUGGAAAAUAUCUCACAAAGGAUUUGGGUGGGCAAAGUUCAACAACUGAAUUCACAACAGCUGUGAUUAAUAAUUUGCGUUAACUAAUUAUUCUUAUUUUUAAAAUAGUUUUUAAUAAAUUUUACUCUA